AUGGUGACACUCUGGAUGACGGCACUCACGGAUCCAGGCAUUGUACCCUCGGUUUCAAGCCCGGCCAAACCACCCGUGCCACUCAUGACCGACGAAAACGGCCUGGAUGUGGCGGUUCCUAUUGGUGGGCCUUUGGGAUAUCGCUAUUGCUCGACCUGUAACAUUUUUCGACCGCCAAGAUCCAAGCACUGCAAUUCGUGCAAUGUUUGCGUUUCCAAAUUUGAUCACCACUGUCCAUGGACCGGUUCCUGCAUUGGUGAACGCAAUCACCGAGCAUUCUUUGCAUUUUUGUGCUUUAUCAGCGGUUUGACAAUUCUAGUCACGGCGGCGGCCUUACGGCUUUUUUUGGGCGCCUACCAAAUCAUCGUUGCGGAAUACGGAGAGCGCACCUCUCAUCGCCUCUGGCAGGCAAUGCUAAGCAUGCCUAUGACGGUUUUGUUUGGAACCUUUACUCUACUCUGUUCCUGGUCGUUGGUCUCCUUAUUGUUUUACCACGCUGUCCUCGUUUCCGUUUCGCAAACUACCAACGAAAGAGUACGGGGUGUAUACCGAUACGGAUCG